CAAAGUGGAAGGUGGAGGCAGCCAUCGGUAGCUGGCAGCUUGUCUGUGGCAGCCACUUCCACAAAAUAAACACAAUCUCCAAGGGAAAAGACUGCUUGCUGCCAGGACUGAUUGCAGAGGUCUCUCAUCCCACUCGCUCUGGAUGGUGAGGCAAAAAGACAGCUAGUUUCAGGUCAGCCUGGGCUGCAGAUGAGUUCAACACCAGCCUCCGCAGGAGCAAUGUGUAAUCCCCAACAAGACAAAAUUCUCUUUACUUCAUCAAACAUUUUUUCUAAGGUGUCUGCAGCUGAAUCUGCCGGAGCCAUCCUUGUGGAUCUGGAGUCUACAGAGGAGUCCAUGACUCGGAACCUGGUCAGGCCUGUCAAAUCCUCGAAGCAGUACCUGAGGCAGGUCAUCUCAGAAUAUGAGGCCCUGGAUAGGGAGCUCCCGUGCAUCCGAAAGUUCGCAGCACCACCCUCUGCCCAGCCCCUCUGCCUCUGCAUGGAGACUUCGGAGGAUUUCACGCACUUGGAGGUGCUGGAGGCUCUGGAGGCCCAGCUGCCCGGGGCCAUGGAGAGCGGGCGCUUGAGCAGUAUCCGCUAUGAGAAUAUGAAUGUCAUCUGCGGGACGGCGGGCCGACGGGACAGGUGGCUCAUCACCGUCACAGACUUCCAGACGCGCUCCCGCCUGCUGCGCACGGGAAUCAGCCUCCGCGGAAUCGCGUACCCACUAGUGCGCCACGACGACCUGCUGCUGGGGGACUACCGCCUGCACCUGCGCCGCUCCCUGGUCCGACGGCGCAUGCUCGAGGCUCUGGGGGCGGAACCGACCGAGGAAGAUUGACGGGCCGCGGGGGCGGGUCCCAGCUGCGCCCCGCCCCCAGGCCCUGCAAACCGAGAGGGCGUGGCCUCCCUAGGAAGGAGGCGGGGCCGGCUCGAGGGGGUGGAUACUGUGAGUUUAAUUAUAAAGAAUGACCUGAUACAAAA